UGAUGAAAUUUUAUAUGCAAUGGAUUACAAUGAUAUAAUCAGCUGAUAAGCCCACAAUUUAAUCUUAAAUUAAGUACGUUUUCAAAUCUUAAGCGUCUUAUAAACGCGGAGUGAGAUCUCCAUUUUUCUCGCGAGACUUUCCAAAUAUUUACCUUGGAUAUCCGGUAAAAUGAAGUUUUGAGGAGAAAUUUAGACUGACAGAUUUCAAGUUAGGAAAGUAAAGUCAGAAAACUAUAAAGAUGUCCGCAUUCAAUAUCAACACUGCAAAGAAAGAAGAUGUGUCUGUUAGACUUAAACAGCACAAUGUGAAGAGAGCAAAAGAUGAAACAAAGAAACUUGAAACAGAAAGUAGGAAGAUGGAAGAAAAGUUAAAGGAACUGAGGAUGGCUAUGAAUAGAGAGAAGGAAGAAAGAGAGAAUCAAGGUGGUGGAUUUUGGAGUAGAGGACAAACAGGAAAAUUAAAUAGUUAUGCCACUGAUGUACUCAACAAACCAACAAAAUCAUCUAAGGAUCCUUCAAAAAGAAAAGUAAAAGUUCUUAAAGAUUCUCCAUUAGAUAUCCCUGAAAGAUCUAGUCAGCCAGGAACAUUUGGUCACUUAGCUAAACAAAGUCUUAAUACUCCUAGAGAAAAGAUCAAAGGACCUAAAUGUGGACAGUGUGAAGAGAAAAGGGCUAUGGUGUCCUGUGUCCAGUGUUCAGAAGCUUAUUGUGCCCAGUGUUUUGCAGCUUUUCAUUUAAAAGGAGCUUUAAAGAAACACAGAUCCGUACCUUUGUCAGCUUCAGGACCAAGACAGUGUAUGUCACCUAGACCAACACCACCACCAUCUAAUAGGGAAUACCAGAAUGGGUACCAGUCUGCAGAAGGUGCUGUUAAUUUACAUACAAUGAAUAUUCAUCAGCGUGAUAGAAAUAGUCCAGAGGGUGCUAGUGGAUCAUUUGAUGGUCCAUCAUUGUUAGAUGGGACUUAUGAUGAGAGUGAGAAUGCUGUAGCCUUUCAACAAGCUUUACAGGCCUGGAGGACUGGUGAAGCAGCCUCGGAAACCCCUAGUAAACCAAAAACAAUAACACCAAGACGCCAUUCUCCUAGAAAAACUCCAAGGGAUCAUAAUGUUGAACAUAUGGACCACAGUACAGGUACCAAUGACAAGUCACCAGAACUUGAUAUCAAGUUUACUAAUAGUCUUAGUUAUGCUGAACGUCUUCUACUGAAGAAACAUAGGAGAACAGAUCUUGAUGGCUUACCUACUCCUAGACUAGACAGUAAUGCCACUACACCUAGGACAUACAAAUCUGGUCGUACUACACCAAGGAUUCAGUCAUUCCCUGAAAGAGAGGAUAGUUUUGACAGUGAUACUUCUUAUGAAAGAGUGGAGUUCCGAGCUCUGUAUGAAGCAGCCACAUCUAAACAGCCAUUAAGUCUUGCCAGACAUGAUGAGGAUAAUAUCUCUAUAAUAGAAAUUCAGAAUGAUGAGAGAUCAGAUAAUAUUGAAGAGACAACAGCAUGCAAUGUUCAAGAAGCUGAUGAUUCAGAUAUGUGGGCAAUUAAAAGUCAAAGAACAACAGAUUUACCAUUAAGAUCACGGAAUGUUGAUGAUUCUAAACCCCCACAUUUUCCAAAGUCUGCACGAGGAAAGUCAGGAAAAAACCUUAAAUACAAUGAACACAAUGAUCAGAAUGAAGAAAUGGAAGUUCCUACAAGGCCGAAAUCUUCAAAAAGUAAUUUACAAAACUUUGAAACUGUUAAAUCUAGUGCUUCAGCACCAAUCAUUGACAGGGUACCUUCAGCAUCAGGGAAGGGAACUAAUUCAACAGAUACAGGAAGUAGAGUUUCGUCUGCAAAACAAAGACCCCCAUCAUCAAGACCGGUAUCAAGAGCUAAAACAAGCCAGUCAAGACCUGGAUCCAGAGCAAAAAGUAGAGCAAGUUCAAGGUUAAAUGGUGAAAGCCAUUUAACCAUGGAACCUAGUAAUGCUUUGAAGCAGAUUGCCUCCUUGCCAUUAGAUGAUAAUGUGCCAUCCUACACCUCAGGCCUAGGAGAUUUCUUAAUGGCUGGUGUCAAACCUGCUGAACAAGAAAGGACCAUGACACCAUCAAAACAUAAAAAAUCAGGCCAGGAAAAAUUUAAAUUAAGUUAUACAUUUUACAGUAUGUCUCCAAGGUCAUGGAAACCAGACAAAAGUCUGUCUGAUGCUGUUCCUAGUGAAACAAUACAACCAAUAGAAACACCCAGACUGGCUGAGCCAGAGGACCCAUUAGCCAUUCUAGAGGCCAAAAAUACAACUGAGGUUCAUGGACUAGGGUCUGCAAAAGGAAGGAAUAUGCUGUCUGAGUACAGUGCACAAUAUGAGGAAGAAAAUGAAACCAAGAAAGUUGUGGAUGGAAACAUUAGUCCUGCAUCAACAACUAGGUCCUUGAGUCGUGUAGAUACUUGGUUAAGAGACACCACUCUCCCAGAAAUGCCAUCAGAAUCUAGUCAAUCAACUCAACAGAAUAAGUCAGAGGAUAUUACACCUCGUCCUUCAUCAAAACAAAAUAACUCAUCACGUCCUAGAUCAAAAACUCCCAGAACUCAACGUACUGAAUCCAAAUCUUCCAAAACUCCACGUCCUGAGUCACAAAGAACAUCUGUUCCAACAUCACAGACAUCUCAAACACCACGUCAGACAUCUAAAACACCACGACCUCUGAGUAGACUAAGGUCAUCACAUGCAGAGGAUGGACGACUUUCAAGAGCUAUUGUUGUGGAUGGUGAUAAUUUAAGUAAAUUUGAUGAAGUUGGUGCUAGGGAAAAGUCAAACAUAGAAGAUGUAGAAACUUUAGAUAAACUGGAAUGGGAGUUAGCUUCACAGUCUGGUAGGGUUACAGCUGAUGGGCAGAUAUCAAGACUGAGUAUUUUGGAAGAUGACCAAAAUAGCACAGGAAGUUUAGAUAGCCAUAGGUCAUUUAGUAGAAUGUCUCAACAGGACCAGGGAUAUGAUAUAAACAUAAGGCUCAGGGAAGAUGAAUUAUCAGAUGAUAUCAACACAGACAAUGAACAUGAUGUAGAUGAAAUGGAUGUUAAAGCCCUACAUUGAUUCAAAAUUUGGACAAUUUAUAGAAAUGAACAAUUUUAGUUCCUGUUAUGAAAAUAUUGUGCUGCUCAGUUUAAUUUAUUGAAUAUUACAUUUCUUUGACGUAUGAUAUAUUUCAAGCUGAUGGAUUCAUUUGCUAUCAAUAGAAAAUUUGCUUUUUUCUGGAUACUGAUUUUUUUUUAUAGUUUUCUACAAAUAAUAAACCAACUUGAGGCUUCUGUUUGUACUAUAAGCUUUUAGCUAUAUUCUGAGCUUCAAGUUGGUGAAUAUUGUGAACUUCAUGCUUUGGUGGGUAUUUGGAAAUUAGUGCUUUGCUGCAAAUUAUGAAUUUAGAAUCUGAUGGAAAUCAUAAGAUCUACUCUUUUGUGGAUAUUUUGAGCUUUUAGCUUUGGUAAAUGCUAUGAAUUUAAAUUUUUCGAUAUGAUAACUAUGAUUUGGUGGAUGCUAAGAGCUUCUGCCUUUGGCGGAUUCUAUGAUCUCCAUUAUUUGAUUGUUAUUAAGAAGGUUUAGUCUUUGGGUAAUACUAUUGAGCUUUGUUGAGUACAAAUUGGCGUAUUCAAAUGCAUGUGUUAAAUCAUAGGCAUUGUGUAUUUUACUUAAUAUAUAAGAAAUAUUGAUGAUAUGCUAGUAGUUUUUAUACAUUUUUAUGGUCUGUAACAAAUGUUGUUUAUGUAAAUUGUUAGUUUUGCUAAAUGUGUACACAUAUCUUCAAGAUUAAAUUAUUUAUAAAGUUUAAA